UUCAAAGUGGCAGCAUUCGAGACAAUAUAAUUUUCGGAAAGGAAAUGGACAUAGACAAAUAUGACAGAGUCCUAGAAGCUUGUUCUUUGAAGAAGGAUUUGGAGAUCAUGCCUAACGGUUACCAGACAAUUAUAGGAGAAAGAGGCAUAAAUCUUAGCGGAGGACAAAAGCAACGGGUACAAAUUGCCCGUGCCAUAUACCAUGAUGCUGACAUUUAUAUGUUUGAUGAUCCAUUCAGUGCUGUUGAUGCCCACACAGGAUCUCAUCUCUUUAAGGAAUGUUUGCUUGGAUUUUUAUCUUCAAAGACAGUGGUCUAUGUCACACACCAGGUGGAGUUUUUACCUUCAGCUGACCUUAUCCUGGUCAUAAGAGAUGGAAGGAUUGUACAAGCAGGCAAGUACAAUGAGAUAAUUAACUCAGGAACAGAGUUCAUGGAACUGGUUGGUUCUCAUAUGGAUGCUUUGGCUGCACAUAACAUGAUAAAACAUACUUCCAACACUUCAAGUGACACUAUUCAAGGUGGUCCUUCUGCCUCAAAGUCUAGUGUACGAGUUCCUCAACAAGCAGAAUUGAAGGAUACAGAGAAUGGUCCAUCAGAUGAAGUUAGGCCGAGGGGUCAACUAGUUCAAGAAGAAGAGAGGGAGACAGGCAAAGUGGGGUUUCUGAUUUAUUGGAGGUAUAUUACAAUGGCAUAUAAAGGGGCACUUGUUCCGUUAAUAUUAUUUUCCCAAAUUCUUUUUCAAGUCCUUGAGAUAUGUAGCAAUUAUUGGAUGGCUUUGGAGUCUCCUCUGUCAGAUGACUUGGAACCUCCUGUAAGUGGCACAAUGCUUAUAUCUGUAUAUGUAGCAUUGGCUGUUAGGAGCUCUGCUUGUAUCCUCAUAAGAACCCUACUUCUCGUAAUUGCUGGAUAUAAGACUGCAACAAUGCUAUUUAAUAAGAUGCACAUGUGCAUUUUUCGUGCACCCAUGUUAUUCUUUGAUUCCACCCCUACUGGGCGUAUUUUGAAUAGAGCGUCAACUGAUCAAGAUGGAGUAGAUACUGGCAUUCCUCUCCAAAUUGAAUUAUUUGCAUUUUCAAUUAUACAUCUUCUAGGGAUUAUUUCAGUCAUGUCACAGGUAUCUGUUUUACAAGUUUUUAAUUCUACUUCAAGUACAGAAGUGAAUAAGGAAUGUUUGCUUGGGUUUUUAGCUUCAAAAACUGUGGUCUAUGUCACUCGCCAGGUGGAGUUUUUACCUUCAUCUGACUUCAUCCUGUUCAUGAAAGAUGGAAGAAUUGCAGAAGCAGGCAAGUAUAGCGAGAUUCUGAAUUCAGAAGCCAAGUUCAUGCAACUUGUUGGUCCUCAUAUGGAUGAUUUGGUGGCACAUAACAUGAUAGAGCGUUCUUGUGGCACUUCAAGCAACAGUAUCAAAGUUGACUCGUCUGACUCAAAAUUAGGUCCACAGAUUACUCUAAAGGAAGGUUUGGAUCAUGAAGAGAAUGAAAAAUAA